CCUCGCUGAGGAGAAUUGAGGCGGGCGUAGCUUGCGCUAGAAUUCCACGGGCUGACUUCUUUGAUUCCCCGGGACUGCUGUUUCGCGGGAAGACUGUCCGCUACGGCUUAUUGUGACACGUAAACUGUCAGGGCAGCUCGGGUUGUCACUUCUGCAAGCUUUUCCGUGUGAAGGGAAAUUUCUAAUCUAAGUUCUCAUAGUUGACUCAACUGUUGACAGAAAUCUGUAAGAGGUAAAGCUAAACCCUGAGCAACAUUUCAGCUAAUUUUAUAAAAAUGUGUGGAAAUAAAGCAAUCUGAAGGAAAUUCAAGACCACAAAAUUUACUGACUGAACUACAUGGUAUUGUACAUACCAAUAAGAGUGUUUGGAGAAAGACCUUUUUAUUCUGCUAAGUCAUGAUGGAAGCAGAAGACCAGCAGCAAUGGAAGAGAACCUUUUUCUCAGAACUACCUAAAGUGGAACUUCAUGCCCACUUGAAUGGAUCCAUUAGUUGUAAUACCAUGAAGAAAUUAAUAGCUAAGAAACCAGGUCUCAAAAUCCAUGAUCAAAUGACUAUGAUCGAUAAAGGAAAGAAAAGAACUUUAGAAGAAUGUUUCCAGAUGUUUCAGAUUAUUCAUCAGCUUACUACUAGCCCUGAAGAUAUUUUAAUGGUCACAAAAGACGUCAUUAAAGAAUUUGCAGAUGAUGGUGUCAAGUACCUGGAACUAAGGAGCACACCCAGAAGAGACAGUGCAACAGGAAUGACUAAAAAAACUUAUGUGGAAUCUGUACUUGAGGGUAUAAAACAGUCUAAACAAGAAAACUUAGACAUUGAUGUUAGAUAUUUGAUAUCAAUAGACAGAAGAGGUGGCCCUUCAGUGGCCAAGGAGACUGUUAAACUUGCUGAAGAAUUCUUCCUUUCUACUAAAGAUACAGUAAUUGGCCUUGACCUCAGUGGAGACCCUACAGCAGGACAAGCAGAAGAUUUCUUGGAACCACUUUUGGAAGCAAAAAAAGCAGGUCUGAAGUUGGCAUUGCAUCUUUCAGAGAUUCCAAACCUCAAGAAAGAAACACAAGUACUCCUGGAUCUGCUUCCCGACAGAAUUGGGCAUGGGACAUUUCUCAACUCCUCUGAGGGAGGAUCCUUGGAUCUGGUGGACUUUGUGAGGAAACACCAGAUACCGCUGGAACUCUGUUUGACCUCAAACAUCAAAAGUCGGACAGUUCCAUCUUAUGACCAGCAUCAUUUCGGAUUCUGGCACAGCAUUGCCCAUCCUUCUGUGAUCUGUACUGACGAUAAGGGUGUUUUUGCAACACACCUUUCCCAAGAGUACCAGCUGGCAGCUGAAAAUUUUAAUUUGACCCCGUCUCAGGUAUGGGAUUUGUCUUAUGAAUCCAUUGACUACAUCUUUGCUUCUGACAGCACCAGGUCUGAACUGAAAAGGAAGUGGAAUCAUCUGAAACCCACAGUGUUACAUUUUUAAGCUGUAAUGAAGUGAAUUACUUUUGAGUAUGUGUUGCAACCAAGAUCUUCCUGCCAUAUUUCUUUUAGUAAACCAUCCACUUCUCAUGAUUAAUUCCUCUGGAAUCAAGUUACUGGUUUUUUAAAAAUAUUUCUGCCUUUCUCUUAUUUUGACCAUAAUGGAGCUAUGCCAGCCAGAUACUUCUUGAGCUGUAGGGUACUUUAAGCUUCUAUUUCCAGCCUUUAUUAUUUUUUGUCACACACACCCCCUCCUCACUCCACCCUCACUCCCUAUUUUCAGCCUUUAAUCUGAUUUCCAGUUGUUCCAAAGUUUUGUUUCUGAAAUAGCCCAUGAUGGGUGUUAGAGGAUUUAAACUAACUAAAAUAUCUCCAUAUAAUAUCUGUUAUUUUAAGCACCAUGAUGUUUCUAUCUCUCCUUCUCCCUUCCUUUCUGAAAUCAAUAAAAACCUAUAUAUUUUUUAAAAGGCA